UCUGUAGUUGGACACGACACGAUUGAGCAAUAGAAGCUGCUCCUAGUGGCUCACAGGGGAAUAAAAUUUGUGCAAAAGUUUUUAACACUCCACACUCAGAGUAUCAAUAUUCUAUCCUCUAAUUUCUCGCUUGAAUGGAGACAGCUAAGGUAGCACUUGUGGUUGGGGUCACUGGCAUGGCCGGCUUAAGCAUAGCCGAAGCCUUGAAGAGCCCCACCGCCCUCGGUGGUCCAUGGAAAGUCAUCGGCGCCGCUCGGCGUCCGUUGCCAAACUGGUUUCCAACUUCCAUAUUAGACGGCUUCAUCACCUUCGACGCCACACGUUACGAGGACACGCUUCAAAAACUCUCCUCCGUAUCCAACCAAGUUUCACAUGUCUUUUGGGUUGCCUUACAAGUCCGCGAAAACGAAGAAGCUAACAUCACCGUCAACACCACCAUGCUAGCCAACGUUGUUAACGUCCUCAAAUCGGCUGAUGAUCAGGCUUCUCCUUCGCCACUCACUCAUAUUACACUCCAAACGGGUACGAAACACUACAUGGGUCCCAUAUUCGACCCGACCCAUUCAUCCCAACUCAUCCCUCACGAUCCACCGUUCCGCGAAGACAGCCAUCGCCUUCCUUACCCGAACUUCUACUACGCGCUUGAAGAUCUAGUUGCAUCCUGCCCGCCGUCCGUUACGUAUUCGGUGCACCGGUCUUCUAUCAUUAUAGGCGCGUCGUCGAGGAGUUUCUUCAACGCUUUAUUGACGCUGUCGGUUUACGCGGUCAUAUGUAAACAUGAAGGCUUGAAGUUUCGGUUUCCUGGGACGCGCUACACGUGGGAGCAUUUCUGCGACAUGUCGGACGCGCGUGUGCUGGCUGAGCAGCAAAUAUGGGCGGCGGUGACGCCCGUUGCGAAGAACCAGGCAUUUAACUGCACAAACGGUGAUAUUUUUACGUGGAGAAGUGUUUGGGAAGUACUAUGCCACGUUUUUGGUCUUGAAUUCGUGGCGUUUGAUGAGACCGACGUGUUUGAUUUGGUCGAGCUGAUGAAGGAAAGAAGUAGAGUAUGGGACCAUAUUGUACAAAAAUAUGGACUUGAGGAAACAAAGUUGGAGGAGAUUACUUGUGCUGCUGCGCUUAAUCAUGUAUUGCAUUUUGGAUUCCAACAUGUUUGUAGCAUGAAUAAGAGUAGGGAAUUUGGGUUUUUUGGUCAUGUUGAUACCCUUAAGAGUUUUGGGUUUUGGGUGGAGAGACUCAGGAAGAUGAAAAUUUUACCUCCAUGAAAGGCUUUGCUAAGAGAUUGCAACUCUUCAUUUUAGGGUCCUUUACUGAUUUUGUAAUUAGGAUGGGAUAUCCCCUUUUUUACUACUGUAUUUUGAUUUCUGGGUUUUGACUUUUGGGGCUGUUAGGUUGUCCACAUGCCUGUAAACUUUGAAUUUGCAAAUAAAAUCCCAUCUUUUUUUCUUUUC